AGUUUGUCAUUGUUCUGGACACCUCCCUCCUGUGACUAUGGCGCCUAAGAAGGCCAAGAAGAGGUCGGCGGAUGGGGCCAACUCCAACGUGUUCUCCAUAUUUGAGCAGGCUCAGAUCCAGGAGUUCAAGGAGGCCUUCACCAUUAUGGACCAGAACAGGGAUGGAUUCAUAGACAAAAAUGACCUCAGGGACACCUUUGCUGCACUGGGUCGUCUUAACGUGAAGCAGGAGGAGAUUGAUGAAAUGCUUAAGGAGGCUCCUGGCCCCAUCAACUUUACCGUAUUCCUCACAAUGUUUGGGGAGAAACUUAAAGGUGCUGACCCAGAAGACACUAUCCUCAACGCUUUUAAAGUAUUUGACCCAGAGGGAAAAGGUGUCUUGCGGAAGGAUUACGUGACACAGAUGCUGACAACACAAGCUGACAGAUUCUCACCUGAAGAGAUGGAGCAGAUGUUUGCGGCCUUCCCUCCAGAUGUGGCUGGAAAUCUGGACUACAAAAACUUGGUGCACGUCAUCACACACGGAGAGGAGAAGGACCAGGACUGAAUCCACCCACAUUGUUGAGCAGUCUAGCACAUGCCCACUUCUGAAAUCAGAAAUAGAGAGGUGGAUCAAAGACAAGGUCAAGGAUUGUUAUUUGCUUACUUUGCUGUCAAUCAUAUUAGCAAAUCCUUUCUUCCCUCCCCAGUAUUUUAUCCUCAGGCCAGAAGAGUACACUGGUGACCAUGUUAGGCUAAUUGGGGUCUAAUAAUAUGGACUUCUGAGUUUUUCAGAUGAGCAGUGAAAAACUGCUAAUGAACUUGUUGAAGUCAAGAAAGAUUUCCUAAUUCAAUAAUGUGCAGCCGUUCUUAAUUAUUUUCUUUUGUGCAAGCAAAUAAAUUGUAACUUGGA